AUGAUUCGCGCGACGGUCGGUUCGUCGGCGAAUGAUUCGGGCGGCGGUCGGCUCGUUGCGAAUGAUUCGCGCGACGGUCGAUUCGUUGGCGACUGGUCCGUUCGGCGAGCGGUCGCGCGAAUGACGGAGCGGAGGCGCGGAGCACAUUACGGCCGCGGAGAAGCGCGAAUUAGCCCGGGCCCGGUCGGGAACCCAGCCGGGGGGCGCUUUACGGUUCUCUCUCGCGUUAGAGACGGUAUCGUCGGCGAACGUCGCACAAAGUCUCCAAUUUCUACUGCGCGCGCGAUCACGUUGCUAUAUGUUGUUGUUAAAGCGCCCAACAAUAUAGCGGAGUUG